AUGGAGACCAAGAGUAUUUAUAACGCAGCCCGAGACGGGAAACUGUCCCGUUUAAAAUCUCACCUCGACCCUAAGACUCUAGAAGAUAGGUGUAAAUUGGUUGCUACCAAGACAAACGGGGCUACUCCCUUGAUUGUCGCUUGUCGGAAUGGUCAUUUGGAUAUUGUCAAAUACCUCAGCGACGAAUGUAAUGCCAGCAUGGAACAGGUUGGCUCUGUGAUUUUCGACGGGGAGACUAUAGAAGGAGCCCCUCCUUUAUGGUGUGCAGCAGCGGCUGGUCAUUUAGAAAUCGUUCAAUAUUUGAUCGAGAAAGGUGCAGGGGUUAACCAAACGACAUUCACAAAUUCCACACCUUUGCGGGCAGCCUGUUUCGAUGGACACAGUGAAAUUGUCAAGUAUCUGAUUGCUAAUAAAGCAGACAUCGAAAUCGCUAAUCGACAUGGUCACACUUGUCUCAUGAUCUCGUGCUACAAGGGUCAUAAAGACAUUGCCGAAUACUUGUUGAAACUAGGAGCAGAUGUUAAUAGAAAAAGUUUGAAAGGUAACACAGCCCUGCAUGAUUGUGCUGAAUCUGGAAGUUUAGAAAUCAUGAAAAUGCUCCUGAAAUACAGUGCCCUGAUGGAAAAAGAUGCAUACGGAAUGACCCCCUUGUUGGCAGCUGCUGUGGCUGGAUAUACUAAAAUGGUUGAAUACCUCAUCAACCAACCUGAUUGUGUUCGUUCUGAAAAAAUUGAUGCUUUAGAAUUGCUUGGUGCAACAUAUGUUGAUAAGAAGAGAGACAUGAUGGGAGCUUUGAAAUUUUGGCGUCUUGGUAUGAUGGAACGCUAUAAAAAUCACAGUGUUCCGAUCCCUAAGCCCAUUAACCCCUCACCUAUUCCAGCUUAUGAAAAUACGUUGGAAGUUACAAAUGAAGAACAACUGGAUGAUUUGAUAUCAGACCCCGAUGAUAUGCGAAUGCAAGCAUUGCUUGUUAGGGAACGCAUUCUUGGUCCUGCUCACCCUGACACUUCUUAUUAUAUUAGGUACCGAGGAGCCUUAUAUGCAGAUAUGGGCAACUUUGACCGUUGUAUAGACUUAUGGAUGUAUGCUCUUGAUAUUCAGCAAAAAGUGUUAGAAGCCCUGAGUUCGUAUACACAAAGUAGCUUUCUUUCCUUUGCUGAAUUAUUUUCUUAUAUGACGAACGAGUAUCAUCCAGUUCACAAUGUAGCUUUCAAUGAUAUCAUGGAAGUAUUUACACGGGUAAUUAAAGAACUUCGUAUUGGACACGAACUCGUUAGAAAGAAUGCCGUUCAGGACUGUGAUGUCAGCUCGUUCAACCGUCUCUUAGUGAUAAUAAUGCAUUUGUUAUGUUUGAUAUGCCGAAUACAAAAGCAGAAUAACUUAUCAGAAGAAGACGACUAUGUCUUUAAACAGACGGUAUACCAACUUGUUCAGAUGAACCCGAAGUGCACAAAGGGAUACACGCUCCUCCAUCUUGCCUGUGCACGAGAGACAACCAAUGUUGGCCGUUAUCCUGUCUGUAAUUUUCCGUCCCCCGAUGUUGUGGAUCUGUUGUUAGAGGUGGGUGCCGAUGUGAAUGCGAGGGAUGUUGACGGUAACACUCCACUCCACCUCGCUACUAAUAACAAACACUGCCAAUCAGAUGUGAUAAAAUUUCUGUUACGCCACAGUGCCCAUUUAGACAUGCGCAAUGAUGAAGGCAGGACUCCUGUGCAGCUCCUGCGAGGAGUUGCCAUCCAUGACAUUGUCUCACCUUUGGACUACAUUUCCUUACAGUGCUUGGCAGCUCGUGUUAUUAUCAAACACAAUAUACUGUACAAAGGGCAUGUACCACUAAAAGUAGAAUCCUUCAUUCAGAUGCAUUGA